AGAGGUUUUGGAAAAUUUUCCCCUGCACGCGUUUCGACAAAACCGUCGGCCUUCUCUCCCCUUUUAGCCGACCGAACCCUAGCUUUUAUUUCUCUGGCUUAACAAAUUUGCCCCCAAAAACCAAGCUUUCUCGUUUAUUUUCCAUCGAAAAAAUUUCCCUUCAGACUCAAUCAAUGGAGAAGCCUUCAUACAUGAGGUUCAAAGGCAGUCGCCAUUUCAGACAGCGUCUCCUCCUCUCGACUCUCUCUCAUCGAUCGAUCAUCGUCGAAGAGAUUCGAUCAAACGAGACCCCGCCAGGGCUCAGGUCCUACGAAAUCUCGCUGCUCCGCCUCAUCGAGAAGAUCUCCGAUGACUGCAAGGUCGAAAUCAAUGAAACCGGGACGAAGCUGAAGUACAAGCCUGGAGUUUUGAUGGGAGGGAGGAAUUUGGUGCAUGAUUGCGGUGUUGGUCGAUCCAUUGGUUACUUUCUGGAGCCUCUUGUAGUUCUUGGGCUAAGAGGGAAGAAACCCCUCUCUAUUAGGCUUAAAGGUAUUUUCUACAGACUCACGUUAGAUCUUGCUAACACAUCAACAACAUGAAGGACAUUCAAUCAAUAAAAAAGUAGUGGAAUUAUAACUUUGUUCUGCCACGUUACUAGCAUGCAGCAAGAUUUAACGACAUCUCAACUAAAAGACUAAUGAUGAAGGCGACGUUGCAAACCCCAACUGCCUGUUGAUUUUUACUAAAUGAUGGGUGGAGGCAUGCUAGAUGAUUGGGAAUUGACUCCUUCGACAAACAUUGUUUUGCUUGGGAAAGCUGGUAAUGGUAAAAGUGCAACUGGGAACAGUAUUCUUGGUAGGGAGCUAUUCGUAUCAGAUUUCAGUCUGUCGGGCAUAACAAGUACUUGUGAGCUGCAAAGUACCAUUUUAAAAGAUGGGCACAUUAUUAAUGUUAUUGACACUCCAGGACUAUUUGACUUCUCUCCUGGGUCUGGGUCCGCUGGUAAAGAGAUAGUCAACUGCAUAAACUUGACCAAGGAAGGGAUUCAUGCUUUACUUAUGGUUUUUUCUGUUACGUGUCGAUUUACUAGAGACGAAGAGGCUGCAAUUCAAAGUAUGAAAUCAUUUUUUGGUGACAGAAUUGUGGACCACAUGAUUGUAGUGUUUACGGGUGGAGAUGUUCUUGAAGCUAAAGGGAAGACUUUGAAGGAUUUUAUUAGCCGUGGAUGUCCUGAGCCUGUGAAGAAUAUUCUCCAAUUGUGUAAAAACAGAGUGAUGCUCUUUAAUAAUAGUACGCAGGACGUGGACAGACGAGCAAUCCAGCUGAAACAACUACUUUCUCUAGUGGAUUUGAUUGCAGCAGAUAAUGGUGGGAAGCCAUUUUCUGAUGACAUUUUCGAACAACUUAAGAGCCUGGAGAAUAAAGAGAAAGAGAUUGAUGCUAUGAAAGGAAUCCAAGGAUACUCAGAGCAAGAUAUAGCUGAGUUGAAGGAGCAAUUGCACAAAUCUCAUGAAGACCAGCUCAGACAAGUAGUUGAGACGAUUGAGAGGAAGCUAGAUGAAGCUAUCAACAAACUAGAGAAACAGUUGGCUGAAGAGCAAGCAGCAAGACUUGAAGCAGAAAAAGUUGCAAGAGAGGCGAGACAGAGAUCAGAGCAAGAGAUAACUAACCUGAGGGAGAGAUCAGAGGAAAAGAUCAAUAUCCUGCGGAAGAGCUCAGAACAAGAGAUCAAUAAUCCAAGGGAGCAACUGAGAAGGGCUCAGGAGGAGAGUCAGGAGUUCCGCAAGAAAGCCGAAGGCGCCAAAUGUAAUAUCCUUUAAAUAACAUAACAUAGCAAAUUAUUAGAAUAAAAACAGAGAGUAACGACAGACGAGGUUAAGUUUUUAUUUAUGCUUUUGUGUGAAAAGUUGGUUGAUAUGAACCUCUCUGUGAAUUCGUAGUUUAUAUGUGAAACUAAUUAUAAAGUUUAGUAGCAAGCUUGUGAUUGA